AGCGAUCGCAUCAAAGACGAAGGAAACAAACUUUUGAUGGCUGGCGACUAUGAAUCCGCCAUAACCAAGUAUACAAGGAGUUUGGAAAGGAACCCAAAGAACGCCAUAUCGUUCGCUAACCGCGCUCAGGCAUACAUCUCUACCAGUAGCUAUGAGAAGGCUGUGGAGGACUGCAACCGUUGUCUUGAAAUCGAUCCGAGAUACGUGAAAGCUUACUUGAGGAGAUCGACUGCCUAU